AUGGUGGACGCGGAUUCGAAAUCCGGCGAAUCAUUGUCUGAAGUCGAAGGAGUAGCAUCUGACUCUGACGACAGUUGGGCUGCCACCGAUCUGGAAGAGGAUAACGGGGACGCUGUUAGCGAGGAUGUGGAGGAGCAGGAUCGCGAGUUUUCGAGAGUGAAGGAAGUUGGUGCGUUGGAUGUAAACGGCACGAGUGAAGACAAUGAGAGGUCAUUUUGGGAGGUGCAGUUUGAGAACGAUGAGGAAAAUGAGGAUUGUGAUGACGAUCCAGAUCGGAUGAAGCGUUGGUCUAAGAAUGCGACCACGCGAGCAGGGAAGAAGAAGAGGAAGGAAGAGGAGGAAGAAGAGGAGCAAGAGCUUGCGAGCUUACCAUCUGAAGAGGAGGAGGAAGAGGAGGAAGCUGAUGAGGAUGAGGCGCUGAGCGUUCGAGCAAAGCGGGCGUGGAGAAACAUGAAGAGAUGCAGCAACGGCGAUGGGAAGAAAUCUCAAAAGCAGCAGAAACAGCAAGAUAAGAAGCGGAAACGGGCGGCAAAGGCAGCAGCGUGGGUGCGGCCAGUGCAUUUAGAGGGCGAGGAGGUGGAAGAAGAGCGGAUGGCGGAGUGGGAGAGGGAUCUAGCAGCGUGCAACAGAGGGGAGGUGACGCCUCAGCAGCUGGUGGAGAAGAGGGAGAGGCCGCGGGAGCAGGAGCCUGCUCCUGAUAUUCUUAUGCCGCUGCUGCCGUUUCAGAAGGAAUGGCUUGCGUGGAGCCUCAAGCAGGAACAAGGACCCAUUAAGGGCGGCAUCUUAGCGGACGAGAUGGGCAUGGGGAAGACCAUCCAAGCCAUCUCCCUUAUAGUCACCAGCCGUCACCUACAGUCACACGCCCCUGCUGUCACCCCAGUGCUGCCUCAGCCACUGCCACCAUCAACAGCCGCUGCUCCUGCUGAUGUCGCUGCACAAGCCACGGCUGGCGGUCCAGGUUCAUCCGGGGGAGGUGCAUCUGAGGCAGAGAGGCGAGCAGUGAAGGCAACGCUGGUGAUCUGCCCGCUUAUCGCAGUGCUGCAGUGGCGGCAGGAGAUUGCUCGCUUCACGCGCCCAGACAGUGUCAAGGUGCUGGUGUAUCAUGGGCCUAAGAGAGCCAUUAGCGUGAAGGAUUUAGAGGAGUAUGACGUGGUUCUAACCACAUUCUCCAUUGUGGAGGCUGAAAUGCGGGCAGCUGUGUUCCCCUCCAAGGUGCCCUGCCAGUGGUGCCAGAAAAUGUUUUUUCCUGACCGGCUGGAGAUCCACCAAAAGUAUUUCUGCGGGCCAAAUGCGAAGCGGACGGCCAAGCAGGCGAAGCAGCAGAAGAAGCUGCCGAGAAGCUUCAAGGGGUUUGUGGCGAACCCAAUAAUGAAGCAUGGGUACAGGGGCGAUGGCAGGAGAACCGUGCUGCGGCUCAAGCACCGCGUGCAGCUUGGGGUAUCUCAUUGGCCUCCACUCUAUCUCCUUCUGCUUCCCCCUCCCGCUUCCCCCCAGUUCGUGGCGAACCCAAUAAUGAAGCAUGGGUACGGUGGGGAUGGCAGGAGGGCAAUGCUGCUGCUCAAGCACCGCGUGCUCGACCGCGUUCUGCUGCGCCGCACUAAGACUGAACGGGCGGCGGACCUCACUUUGCCACCCAGAACUUCCACGCUGCGCAGAGACCGAUUCGACGCGCGCGAGGAGGAUUUCUAUGAGGCGCUCUACACACAGAGCCAAUCACAGUUCGCCACGUCAGUCCUCACUCAACCACAGCCCAGUCUGCAUGAUAUGCUUGCAAGCUCCGUGCUGUGUGUUGCCCUGUCUGUGUCUCGACGUGUCUCACUUCCCUUCCAUCCGUGA